GAUGUUUUCAAAAUGGAGAAAGAUUCUAAAGAGAAAAUCAAAAAAUUGCUAAGUAUAAUCCUGGAAAGGGGAGAACAAGCUUGUUGUCGGUUCCUGGAAUGUUUAGAAAUGUCAUAUUGGUUUAAAAAUAAAGUCCAGGUUUCUGACCAGUCAGUGCUGCAGUCUGAAUCCCUCCUAUUCAGAAAGGAAACGAGGAACCAGAAAAUGGAGCAUUCUGAAGAUCCUGGAGAAAGCGUCAUGUGCAUCCAGUGUCCCAGCGAGGAGCUUCCAGGAAAGAUAAGACCAGAGAAAGUUUGGGAUUCACAAAGGAGCCAUGAAACUUACAGAUUUUGCUUCACUGAAGCUGGCUCCUUCCUUUGCUGUUGUACUGACCUUAUAUUUAAGGUAAGGGGAGCUGUGACCAUAACAUACUACUUUGAUUCAUGGACUCAACACCUGCACGAAUGGCAAAUGAUAGAGCUGGCUGUUGCUGGUCCUUUGCUCAACAUCCGAGCGGAUCCAGAAGAAGCUGUGGCAGAAGUUCACUUCCCUCACUUCUUGUGUCUUACAGGGAAAGACAGUUCCCAUGUCUACAUAGCACAUUUUGUUGAAGGAAAGAUGAGACUGAAGAAGCCAGAUCGCGUGCAGCCGUAUCAUGUUGUAUUGAAAGCCCCCCGCUUCUAUACCUGUGGGGUCAUCUUCAAAAAGGCAUUGUUUAAGCGAAAGAUAAUGGUCCACGCCAUGGCAUUGCUCUAUCAGGAGCUGGAAAUCUCAGUCCCAAAAUUCCACCUGUACUUCCUACCCAAUGACUCUUCCCUAAGAAAGAAUGUCUAUAAAUUUGAGGAAAUGUGGCCUUCAAGGAGACUGCCAAAACCCUCUGGAGCACUCAAGCCUUUGAAGAUUGGCUCUCGCGUCUUCAUCCAAAAUUUAGAUGGCGUCACAGUCUGCCCUGAGGAACUGGAGCUUCAAUACAUGGAGGAGCAGUUCCUCGAAAUCAGUGCUGAAUUCAUGCAAGGCAAGCUCAACUUCAACCUGAUAGAGAGGAGCACGAAUGAACUGGUCUGGGAAGCCCAUGUGAGGCAAGAGGAGCUGAAGUUUUCAGGCCCACAUCCAGAACAAGCACCACACUCAGAAUCCCCCUUAUAUGAAGGGGAACAAAGAAGCAUGAAGAUGGAGAACCCAGUAGGUUCUGGGGAGAUUAUCACAAGCAACUGGUGUCUCAGUGAGAGGGAAGGAAGCAUGAAGAUGGAGAACUCAGCAGGUUCUGGGGAAAGUGUGCCGUGUGGCCGGUGUCCCAGUGAGGAUCUUCCAGAAAAAAUAAAACCAGAGGUGGUUUGGGACUCAGAAAGGGGCCAUGAAGCUUACAGAGUGCGCUCGACUGAGGCUGGCUCCUUCCAUUGCGAUGAUACUGGUCUCAUAUGUGAAGUGAAAGAAGCUGUGACCUUAACAUACUACUUUGAUUCAUGGCCGAAGCUCCUGGAAGAACAGAACACUGAGGAGUUGCAUGUCGCUGGCCCUCUGCUUAACUUUAAGGUGGAUGCAGCAGAGGCUGUGGCAUCCAUUUGCAUCCCUCACUUCUUGUGCCUUGAAGGUGACGACAGUUCCCAUGUCUACAUUGCACAUUUUGUUGAAGGGGAGAUGAGGCUGGAGAAGCCAGACAGAGUGGAGCCUCACCAUGCUGUGUUGGAGAACCCCAAGUUCUCUUCCCUAGGAGUCGUUUUCAAAAAAGUGGUUUAAGCAAAAGAUCAACACUGUCGUACUGCUCUAUCAUAGGCUUCAGCUGGAAACGCCAACAUUUCACCUGUACGUCCUGCCCAAUGACCCUUCAAUAAUAAAGGCGGUCGAUAAGCAUGAAGUAAAUUCAAAGAGAAUAGAGAAACCCCCUGUGACCCUGAAACCUCUGAUGAUUGGCUCUCAGGUCUCUCUUAGUACUCCAGAGGAUGUCACAGUGAAUCCUGAGGAACUGCAUUUUCAAUACCUGGAUGCAGAGAAACUGCAGCAGUACGUAGAACUGUCUGCUGAACAAAUGCAAGAGAAGUUCAACUUCUACCUGAUGAAGAAGGGCACGACUGAAGUUGUUUGGAAGGCCCAUUUAAAAAAAAAUGAGUUAACUUCAGGGCAGAUGGCUUCUCCUAUUAUAUACCCAGCACAAGGUCAGCAG